AUGGAUAUAAAUAUUCGGCUUUACGUUCAGCGACCUGGGCCGUUCCGCUUCUUCUCGUUACCUGCCAAGCUCGUUUGCUCUACUCUUUUUAGUGACUUUUGGUCGCCGCUCUGCCAUUCACCCCAUCCUCUUAUAGCCAAGGUAUCAAACAUGAAAUCUAGCUGCGCGCUCUCCACGUUAGCCGCGGCCUCCAUGCCGUGGGCCGCCCUAGCCUGCUCUAGAGUAGUCUACCACGCCGAAGUAGAUGACCGCAUCGUCAUUGGCCGCUCCAUGGACUUCGUUCAGGAUACCAAUACUACCAUCUGGGCCUUCCCCGCCGGCAUGAAGCGCAACGGCGCCAUCGAGGACAACCCGGUCGAGUGGACGUCCAAGUAUGGAUCCAUCACGGCCCUCAUGUACGAUAUCGUGUACUCCGAGGGCUUGAACACCGAGGGCUUAACGAGCAGCAUCCUGUACCUCGGCGGUAGCGACUACGGUGAGCGCAACUCUUCCGAACCUGGAAUCUUCAUCGGCCUUUGGCUCCAGUAUGUCCUCGACAACUACGCCACCGUCGAGGAGACCGUCAACGACCUUUGCUCUGGGGAAAAGAUUCAGGUCGUCAAGAAAGCGUUCCUCGAUGGCGUUAAUAGCGUCGGCCACCUCAUCGUGACUGACAAGGGCGGUGACAACGUCAUUAUGGAGUACAUUGACGGCAAGCUUAACUGCUUCCACUCUUCAGAGUAUGAUGUCGUCACCAACGAACCCACCUACCCCGAGCAGCUCGCCAUCAAUACGUACUGGGAACCUAUCUCCAACUGGACACUCCCUGGAAGCGCCCGACCUGCUGACCGCUUCGCCAGACUCUCGCAUUACAACCAGUAUGUCCCCGGCGCCAACGAUAGCGAGACCGCCGUUGCGUACGCCGCGGGCAUGAUCCGGGCCGUCAGCGAUCCUAUGGUCCCCAAUGAAAUGAUUUUUGCCGCUGGCGAAAACGACAUCUGGCCCACCCUGUGGAGGACGUAUAUCGAUGUUCAGUCUAACGAUAUGUACUAUGAGAGCGCCACCAGCCCGAUGUCCUUCUGGUGGGACGUCGAUGCCUUUGAUCUUGGCGUCGGUGGCCCUCUCCGUAGCCUCAAGGUCAGCGGCGUGCCUUGGCAAGAACGCAUGGGCGAGGUGACCAACGCAUUUGUCGACACGGAUGAGCCUCCCGCCGUCGGUCACCGGAAGCCUUGA